AUGCACGAAAAUCAAAAAAAUGAUGAUAAGGAAAGGAGUGGAGCCAAAAUUUCGAGGGAGAGCUUACUAGAUGACCAAUUCAAAGAAGGCACGAAAGAUAAGCUUUUUUUACUUAAUAACAAAGAUGAAAAUCUGGACGAACCGCGCGACUCUCCCCCAGAACAAAAAACAAAAAGGGAAAAACCGCGCUUCCACAAGGAUUUAAUAAGCAGUUCGUCCUUAGAGAAAUAUAAAAAAUUUCUGGCAAAGAUGGAGAAAUCGAACGAAGACUUAAGAAGUAUGGAUACAGAAAGCGUGAGGAUUGACAAGGACAUCCUUGAUCAGUCCUGUGAGAAUAGCGACGAAGCAUGCGUUGUCAUGGACGUUUCCAUGGGCAUUUUCGACGUGUGCAACGACAACAUAAGCGAGAGUAAACUUAAAGACAUGAACAUUACAGUAGCGGACGUUGCGAAUCAGGAACCCGAGGAUCAGGGCGAGGAAGGGCUAAUUCAAGAGAUGUAG